AUGGCGGCGCGGCCGCCGCUGCCCGACUCGGUGCUGGUGCGGGUCUUGGCGCUGCUGCCGCUGCGGGACCGGCUGCGAGCGGCCAGGGUCUGCCGGCGGUGGCAGCAGCUGGCGCAGGACCGAGCGGUGUGGACACAUGUGGAUCUGAGCCCUCACCGGAUCAGCCGCCGCACGCUGUGGCACCUGGUGCGGCACCGCCUCCCGGACAGCCUCUGCACGCUGCGGCUGCGGGGCGCGCCGCGCUCCCGCGGCAAGCAGCGGCUCCUCUCGCCGGCGCUGCUGGCCGCCCUUCGGGAGCGCUGCCCCCAGCUGCACCGGCUGUGCCUGACCGAGACCGACCUCCGCCAUGUCCCGUACGAGAGCAUGCCCGCCUCUGUCACCACGCUGGAGCUGAGCCUUUGCGACAUCCCCGAUGCCUGGUUCUGCGUUUCCCCUUCGGUGCCACCACCGCAGGUACAACACCUGGCUAUCCACAGCAUUCCCACCUUUUCUGACAGUCAUCUUCUUGACAUUUCCUCACAGAGCCACUUGAAGGCACUGAGCCUUUGUGGCACCUACCGUGUCACUGAUACGGGGAUCCAAGCAGCAGCUCCACACCUGGAAGAGCUUGAGCGCCUGACUCUGCGGCACUGCAUCAUUGGUGAUGCUGCCUUGGUGUUCAUCGGGCGCCACAUGAAGCAGCUCCGCUACCUGGAAAUCAGCAAUGCCUACUUCCUGACAAACAGGGGGCUGGUUGCUAUUGUGGCGCUGGAGCGCCUGGAGACCCUGUGCCUUGACCUCUAUGAUUUGGUCUCCCUUGGUACUGUUAUCGCUUUGUUGCAAGUGCUGCCUCGCCUGAACCACCUCAAAUUAGGUGGAACUUGCUUUGAAGAUGAGCUCCUCAGUAAAAUUCAGGAGAAUUUUCCACAUUGCACCAUAUCUCACAGCCUGUGACAGCCUGAAGUGCUAUUCUUCCUUAGUACACCUGAAGUGCUCCUUUUUUUAUUUUUUUGAAAAGGCCGUUUUCCUGUAGCUUUGGGACAGAAUUCCCGUUGGCCUUAAAAUAUUACAGUUUUUUCACAUAAAUACAGAGCUUGUCAUGUAAAUAAGGUUUUUAACAAGCUUUUGGUAGGAUUCCCCCUCCUUGUUUUCCAUGUAUCAGAGGAAUAGGGAAGCUGGGAAGCACACCCAGCCUUUGGGAACCCCACUGACCAAAAACUGGGGUGAUGACAAGUUUAAGCUCUGUCUUCUCCUCUUUCUCCACUGCCGAAGGUUAGGCAGCAGCUUAAUGAGUGCAGAAUUCAAGGAGUGAAGUGAAGCACCAGUCUGUUACGGAAAAAACAGACCUGGCAGCCAAAACCUCACAAUUACUAAUUCCUUCUCUUUUCCUUCAAAUUCAGAUCUUCAAGUCACUUGUCAGACUGGUCAUGUGGAUCCCUGAACACCUGGUCCCAAGAGCCAGACAUCCCGUUUGCCCCCAGGCAUUGCUGGGGCUGCUGUUACCUCUGGUUUUGCUGGUAACAUCCACGUUUUCUUAUCACCUUUUAUUGUCUGUGCUCACAUCCUCUUCCUCCGCCAUCCCCCAGUAUCCUAACACCAGAUAACCACCUAAAUGUUAUGUUGUUAUUCUUAAUUUUCAGUCGAUAUUUUUGAGCAAAUAUUGUAUUUAUUUUAAAAAACUUGCAAGCUUCUAAUUUUCAUUUGAAUCCUUGUUUCUUAGGACUUGGGGUUUUUUUUAGUUUUAACCUGCUUCAGCAUCUCUCCUGCCCCUUAGGCCAGCCUUCCUUGUGACAAGAGCAUCCCACAGGAAACAGAGUGGGACAAUUUAAGCUUCAGCUGAGCCUUUUCUGCCCUGUUUUCAUCCCAAACAGCCCCUGCCCUCCAUUCAGCUGCAGCACAUGCAAUAAUUCUUUGGGUUUCAGACAGUCCUGGAUGGCAGUGACCCUCCCUGGGGUGAAAUUCUCAUUGCUG